AUGACAGUAGCGGAAGAAGACACCAAAAGAAAAGGAAAUUCCAAGGAUCAAAGGCACUCGGGGCAGGCGACUAACCCCUCCGAGGACGGUCGGGCGAUUAAAGAAUGCAACUCCUGGGCUUCCGGGGCAAGGAAAACUAUGUCCACUCAAAAGCUCUCAUUCUCGGCCAAAGAAAACCCCGUACCCCGAUCUAGGCUUCCAAACUACUAUUCCCGGGAACACAUCGUAACGAAUGGCAAAAAGAGAAGGCGAAAGGGCUCGCCCCCGAAUCAAAGGGCGACAAAUCCGCUAAAUAAGGAAGUAAUGAGACGAACUGAUAGAAGAAAGAACUCAACGAAGCCACGGAAGCUUGGGCUGAUGCUAUUCCUGCUCCUGCUAAGCACCCGGCUGAUUACGGUGCUCGACCUGGAACCAAAUCUCUAUCUAUUUCACCUGGGUAGAACUUUUUUUAUCUCAACUGCCCAAUUAGGAUCUGGGAUUGGGAGAAUGACUGGAAGGGAAAGCAUGAUCCCCGGCCGAAAACUUGCGUUUUCUUAUGAUAGAUUGUACCAUACCCUCCCUCUGAGUGACGUUGGCCUCGCCUUACCUUCUGAUCUCAGACAGUCGUACAUGUACCUUGCCUACCCAUGUUCUCUUUUAGAUGAAUCGGCCGGUUUGAUGAACCGAGAGUUUCGGGAGUUGGGGGCCACACUGAACCUGAAAAGCUUAAUUUGUAUCCCAGUCCCACAGCAUAGAGAAGAGGUCCUUAAAGAAAGAAUAAGGAAGCGAGCGACUUUUGACAAGAAGAAUAACGGACUCUCAUUAGUCUCAGCCUGUGCCGGUUGUGAGGCAGCAGCGUCAGCAGCACGCUGUGGUUCUUCUACUCUUCUUAUUACUAGAAACCCAGAUCCUUUUGGAGAGGAGAAAUGUCUUGUAUCCCGCGGGGUUGCAAAAGGGAUUUUGUUGAAAAAAAAUAGAUGCGGCUAA